AAUUUUUUUUCUAUAUAGAACGCACAAGACAAGGGAGGUCAACUUUGGUUUCUCGUUUGGCUUGGAUUCGGCCCCCUUGGGGGAUGAUACGCUCCCUUCCCAGCCUGCCGCGCUGCCGCCGCAAGCCGCGUCGGUCUCUGGUCAACCUCAGCCGCUCUCACCACCCAGACCUGCGUCUGUAUCUCGGAACGGGACGCCAGACGGUGCGAAGGUGGGUAAUGGAUUGUCAGCAGGGCUGCUGGCGUUGGAUAGCGUCGCCAAGGGCAAUCAGGAGGAAGAACAUCCGAGCAAAAGGAGGAGGAUUGAAAAUGCUAUCCAGCAACCAGUGCCUCCAACUUCCGGCGAAAAGUCGAUCGAACACGCUGAUUCUGCACCUACACCUACACAGAAUGGCGACAACACUCUGAUGGUCGCGCAGUCCGAAAACGCGUCGAAUGGCUUGAAAAGCCCGAUUCAAUCUGUACCCCAUGAACACUUGACCGUGCAAUCGACAGAAGACACAGAAUCUGCCGUUCACCCGGUGAUUGAAGAAGAUGCUGCUCGAAAUGAGACAGAGAAAUCAUCUACAGAAGUUGACCAGUUACCAAAUGGCGGCGCGGAGGUGGAUGUUACGGAUAUAGGAGCAGAGCAGGCCGCGCGGAAGGGCGAGGCUCCACAGGAAGAGUCAACAGACCUGCGGAAAACAAGCUCUCCACCAAAGAGACGCGCUCGAAGUCGACCGCCGGUGAUUGGUGAAGGGGGCAAUGCGAACCAGAACACCCAGAAUGACGAGAUAUCUCCGAGCACGCGACGUUCCGCGCGCGCGAAUAAAAGACUCUCGCAGAGCAAGGGUCCUACGGAAAUCGAGAGUCCUCCACAACCAAAUGGUCAAGCAGAGGAAUCGAGAAACGAAACAGCUGAGUCUGUAGCUUCUACAGCAAAGAAUGAGAUAAAGAAGCGCGGGCGACAGAAACGGGAGAAAAAGGCCGACCAGACAGAGGAUGCAGCACCCGCUACGCAUCAAGAACCGGAGAAAUCACCUGUACCCAAACGGCGACGAGGCCGACAUGCAGCUCAUGCAGCUCCAGUAGAGAAGGAAGCUGCACCAGAGCCGGAGCCCGAACCUGAGCCUGAACCCGAACAUGAACCCGAGCUCAAUGCCGACCAGCCUGUCACGAGAAAGAGUCGUCGUGGCCAGCCAUCAUUGCCGAGGGAGCCCCCGGAAACGGAGAAGCUGCUGUCAGGAGGAGAGCAAAAGACAUCUCCAGCCCCAAAGCGUGGGCGUCGAAGAAAGUCAGUCGCACAGCCGGAACCGUCAGAAGAACAGCAAGAGGGGCAGUCAAAAUCGCGAAAAGCUCGCAGUCGGCAGCCACUGGCUCCAGCCCAGGAACCUCAUACAGAACUGGCAAGGCCAGUAGAACAUGCAGAGACAGAACCGCCAGAGACAGAUUUCACAAGACCAAUAGAACAUGCAGAGCCAGCAGAACCGCCAGAGGGGCAGUCAAAAUCGCGGAAACGUCGCCGUCGGCAGCCAUCUGCUCCAGCCGAGGAGCCGCCAGAGACCGAACUCGCAGAGACAGAACCCCCGGAAACAGAACCUCGAGAGCCUACAGAAGAGCAGCCAGCCACGCGGAAACGCGGUCGUGGCAGGCCAUCGCUGCAAGUAGCCGGCGACACAGAGGGCGAACCCCAGCCCAGGCGGAAACAGCCCAAACCGCGCGGCGAGAUGAUUCCGAUCACGGUGCACCGGUUGGCAAACACGGGUGCACUGGGGGAGGCAGCCGCAGGCGACGAGAACGAAGAGGAGGGUGACGAGGAGUCCGCAGACGAGCUCUUGGCACAAAAAACCAAGCUGCCGCGCCGUGGCGGGGUCAACGCGGUCGAUGUGCUGAACCAGAUCUGCCGGGAGACGCUGGAGAAGGCGACGGCGGCGCUACAGGGCGGGAUCGAGAACGAGACGAACCCGACGCGCCGGGCCGAGUAUACGCGCAAGCGGAAGGCAGUGGAGGCGUUUGGCGCGGAACUGGAGGGUCGCCUGUUUGAGCUCAGCGAGCUGUUGGAUAGCAACUUCGGACUCGCGGUGCAGCUGCGGCGGGCGAAGCGCGAGGCGAACGAAUUGCGCGGGCGUCUGAUGCACCUGCGCCGGGAGCGUGAGGCCGUGGCUUUACAGAUGGAUGCUGUGAGGCGGCGGCAUGCCGAGGAGGAGCGGUCUAGAUCGACCCGCGCAUCGAUCAACAACGCACUACAUAACCUCGAACUGGCAGUCGACCGCAGUCACCACGGCCAGCAGGGGCAACACGAGCCCGAAGCCAGCAACCCCGAGUUUCUCCUACGGACGAUCGCCGAGCGGGUCAGCUCAACGGCGCCGGGGGCGCAUGGCGGGCUGUUGAACCAGAUCAAGGCGUUCAAUGCACAAUUGGAGGCUACAUUGAACAGUUGACCAGGCUUGACUUGACUGAUCAUUGAUACGAUUGAUACCCAAGAAUGAUACCCUUUGCCAUAUAUAUCAUCAUGUAGAAUACGGAGGAGCAUAUGCCUACCUAGGUAGUUAAAACUAUUUGAGACUAAAAAGGUCGACAAUGUUGA